AAACCAUUUCCGGUGAUGUUAAGCAAAUGGAAAUCAAGAAGACGACAAAGAAGAUGGAAAAAUAUUGAUAUUUAAAUCUGCCUGUAAAGGAAAUUGAUGAAAUUUCAUUGACAGUUAUGGCAGGGAAUUUCUGGCAAAGUUCACAGUAUCAACAAUGGUUGUUUGAUAAACAAGAUUUGACGAGAGAGAGGCAGCAAGACUUGAAAAUUCUGAACUCGGAGGAGGAUUACCACAAAAUACUGAUAUUUUUUGCAAACUUCAUACAGUCCCUGGGAGAACAGCUCAAGCUUCGACAACAAGUGAUAGCAACAGCCACUGUUUACUUCAAGAGAUUUUAUGCAAGGAAUUCUCUGAGAUGUAUUGAUCCAUGGUUAAUGGCACCCACCUGUGUUUUUCUUGCCUCAAAAGUGGAGGAGUUUGGAGUUAUAUCAAACAGUCGAUUAAUGACCACAUGCCAGACAGUAGUGAAGAACAAAUUUUCUCAUGCCUAUCCACAAGAGUACCCCUACCGAAUCAACAGUGUGUUAGAAUGUGAAUUCUUCUUGCUUGAAAUGAUGGACUGCUGUUUGGUUCUGUACCAUCCAUACAGACCCCUGACUGAGUAUUUUAAAGAACUACCACAUGAAGAUUCGAUGUAUCCACUGGCAUGGAGGAUUAUAAAUGACAGUCUGAGGACCGAUGUUUGUCUCUUGUACCCGCCCUAUCUCAUUGCACUAGCUUGUCUACACAUUGCGGGUGUUAUUCAACAGAAGGAUUUAAAGCUAUGGUUGGCAGAGUGCAGCGUAGAUAUGGACAAGAUCCUAGAGAUAUCACGACUGAUUCUGGCAUUGUAUGAGCUGUGGAAGAAUUAUGAUGAAAAGAAGGAAAUAUCCGGGAUCCUGGAGAAAAUGCCCAAGCCCAAAACUACGUAAUCCAAUGACGAGAGAUAUCUUUAUUAUGUAAUUUUAGAUUUGCACUAUCCAAGAAGUCGAUAUAGUGUAUAUACAAUUGUACAUGUAUUUACGAGGCUCUGAAGAAUGAAUAUAUACACCAUUCCCUUGAUCUGGAUAAAAUAUGUAUAUGAAAAUAAAUUAUACAUGUAGUAGUAAAUCUAUUUAUUUCUUACUAUUUACUCUUACAUGUAUAUAUCACUUAAUUCAACUUAAUGCAAGGCUAUGUAGUAAUUUUACUUGUGUGAAACAACAGGUGUUGGAUAAAGUUAUAGUUGAUCCACACUACACAUAUAUUAAGAUAAAUUGAUUUAUAUACUUAAAUAUAUUGUACUACAGCCAAUUUGAAAAAGUCAAUUGUUAAAUGUACUGGAAACAAAUUAUAUUAAGCAUAUGUUACAGUAUUGGUUAUUCAAAUCAUGUAAUGCCUAAAUUGAUUACUGUUUAUCAGUAGAGUUACAUCAGCCUCCUCUUUUUCUGAGCUCAUUAGAACAGAUUCUGUUAGAACUACUCUGGACAUACUUCUUGUCAUGUUAGAAUUUGUAAAAUAGACUGUAAGUACUGUUUCUAUAGUAAUUGGUAAUGGAUAAAAAGAUAUGAAAAUGUGUCAUAGUGAUUGAUUGGAAAUGCCCGGUCUACAGGUUCUGCAAUAAAGUUCAGGGUUUCCAUUUCAGGCCAUCAUCACCUCAAGAAGUAUCUGCACAGCAGAGCAAUCAGGGAAAUAUGGUGUAGAGUGAAAACAAACUGCAAUUCUAAAA